CGGAGGAGCAGCCACACGGAACCGUUUAGCAUUUCUGGCUCCUCUCGCCAAUGCUUGUUUGUUUAUGCGGGAUUUCUUUGGUCCGGAUUAAAACCUGGCGGGGGAGAAAUGCGGUGGGAUGUCGGCGCUGAAGGAGAACCAGUGUUACGGACUGUCCAGCGGUACACUGAGCCGCGGCGGUAACGUCUCUGUUUUUCAUGUUAAACUCACUGACAGCGCGGCAAGAGCCAUUGGCUCCUUUCAAAACGGCAAGGGUUGGUCCUCCCAUCCCACCAUCUGUUUCAAUGGGAAUCAAGGGAGAAUCACUAUCCCGUGUUCGGAGAAUGGAGAUGAUUCCAGAAUAUUCACCUUUGGUGUGACUAAUGUUGCCCGUGAUAACCCACAUGGGAGCUUUGACUUUGUGCAACAGCUCAGCACUGGUGCUACCGAGGAGCUGUCAUGUCUCGGGGUGAUUCAGAAGAAGAUGACGGUCAAAGCGACGGAUGACUCGUACGAUAAGGCUCGUCAGAGCAUGGCCCAAGUCGAGGAGGAGACGCGCAGCCGAGGAGCCAUCGUCAUCAAGCAGAGCGGGCGCUAUCAGGGGAAAAAGGUGACGGUGCGAGCCCCAGCACCUGCGCUGGCCAGCCUGGCAAAGCCCCGAAACCCGUCCCGUUCUCUGGUCAGCAACAUCAGGAAAGGAGUCGGCAUGUCCAAGCUGAGAAAGAGCACCUGUACCUCACACAGGAAGAGCGGAGCCAUGGUGCAGGGGAAGUCGCUCACAGAGAGAGUGACUCACCUGCUGGCUCUGAGGCCAUACAAGAGGCCUGAGCUGAUCCUGAGGCUGCAGAGUGAUGGACUGACAGCGGGAGACAAAGACAAGCUGGACUCUGUACUGAUGGAGGUUGGCCAGCUCAGCAGCAGAGACAACACCUUUGGUCUGAAGGACAGCCUGUAUAAGGACCUGCAGAAGGACUGGCCUGGCUACACCUCAGGAGAUCAGCAGCUUCUUAAACGCAUCCUUGUCAGGAGACUGUUUCAGCCACAACAGAACCUCCUAAGUGUACCUGAAGCUCAGGUCAGCCCACUACGAGACACCCCUAACUCCUCUCCAGCCCAUCGUCCGAAACCGUCCCUACCUGAGGAAUACACAGACCCUCUGCUGAGUAAGAAGCCUCGGAUAUCUCACCUGUCCACUAAAAGUGCCAGCGACAGGUCCCAGCUGAGGGAGUCGAGAUGGGCGGAACGUAAAGACGCCACAGAGAACGACAAGCAGAGGAACUCGCUUGAUUCUCGAAAGCUUUUUGACUCCUUGUCAGCCGUCUGUCAGCAGGACGAGGAAACAGCCAAGAGGCUUGAACCAACUCCUCCCCGUGCUCAGGAGGAGCCCAUUAGCACGGCAGCAGAGCAUCCGAAACCCAAUCCUGAUCCUCCAUCCCCUCUGGUAGAGCCUGAUCAGGAGAGACACACAAUCAAAAGGAAAAAGAGUAAACACAAACACAAAGAUCAGGAGAAGGACAAGCGGAGAGAAAGGAAAGAAAGGAGGAGAGAGCAUUAUUCAGAGGAUUCUGCAGCCGUAGACUUCACAGAGCCAAGUGAGAUUUUGUUCGACUCGCCUCUGCUUCGAAUAGAAAAAGACACAGCAGACUAUUUAUUGACUUAUACGAGGAUUCACAGUCAUGACCAGAGGCAGAGCUACAAGCUGGAUUUUAACAGGGAGUACAGCGAGUACAGAGAUCUGCACGCUCGUAUUGACAGUGUGACGCGACAAUUCAUGGAGCUGGACACGCAGCUCAAACAGCUACACCAUGAAUCACAUAAGUACAAGACCGUUCAUGAUCAAAUACUCCAAGAGUAUCGCAAAAUCAAAAAGUCCAACCCAAACUUCAACCAGGACAAGAUCCGCUGUGAAUAUCUUCACAACAAACUGGCUCACAUCAAGAAGCUCAUAUCAGAGUACGAUCAUCAACAGCUUGGUGCAGACUCGAGUCUACACUGAAGAGCUCUGCUCUGAGUCUGAUGAAUUUUAAUAAGAGGAGCUUCAUGCUGCUGCAAUGAAAGCCAUGAUGCUGGAAUCGAUGGUCCUCAUGGCUCAACGAAGUCUCAGCGGACCUGCAGGAUGCGUCACUGCAGUUGGGAGACAUUUGUGAGAACCAGCCGGUGCACGCUGGAAAAUUAUCCCUUUAAUAUAAGAUCUUCUCUAAGAGGAUGGGAAAUGUUCUAGGAAAAAUGGCUGUCUCCACGUGUACUACCAAGGAGGCUGGUAACCAAGGUUUUACAAAGACUUUACAGCUUCAACUCACUCUUUAAAAAUGCAAACACAUACACUGUAUGUGGAGAUGAGGUGCUAAGCUCAAAAACACGAUGUAGAUUCCCAUCUUUAUCACAGGUUUUUUGUGAAUUCAGUCAAUCUGGGUGUUUGCUUCUGUAUUCUGUUAGCCAUGUCAGUGUUUAUUCAGGAAGCAUGAGAUAACUGCACGCUGUACAUACCCAGUCAGCUCAUAAGAAUUCAGGGUAAGAGUUCUGAUGCUCACAUCAGAAGAGUGUUCUUUGGGUUUGGUGAAUUAUAAUUUUUCUCCAAAGUUUGAGCUAAAUCCACUCUGCAUUGACUUCUGAAAGUGUUCCUAGGCUCUGAAAUGGUUACCACCUCUACACUGACUUCAUCGUAUUACACUGGUGUUUUCCUUUGUUUGGCCUUCCUGGAGCACACAUGACUCUUAUGUUUAAUGUGAAAUGCUGUCUUGAAGCUGUAUUCAGGGAAUAAACGGUAUGAGUUGCAGUAAAAAUUUUAAUGAAAGCUGAUUUUGAAGAUGAGAGAAAAGUUAUGGAGUUACUGUUAUUGUAAGAUGAGAGGCUGAAAAGAUAAAUAUAAAGAAGCUGCAUGCCGUGUACUGUACAGAAUGCAUGCAGAAUUUCAGACUUUCAUGUUUCAAAUAAAUUCAUUUGUGUUUA